UUUUAAGAUCCAGCCAUUGCUUUCACCUUUCUUUCUUCCUCCUUGACUAGACUCUUUUUUGUUUUUUGUUUUUCCUUUUUUAUUUUUUAUUUUCUGGUAGUGAGAAAUGAUGGUUUAUUAAGGCCUCGUGGAUAGUAAAGGAUCAUGGUCCAGCUUCCAAGCUUGCACCUUUGGCCCCUUUCAACCCUAAGUAAAUCCCAAAGGAACCUCUUUUGACAUUUCUUUCUCAGGCCCAGUUUUUUACUUACAUUUCUAUCACACCCUUGAACCAUCCACCUCUUUUAUCAUUAUUUCCAGAAGGCCCCAAAAUGUAGGGUUUUCAUCACACCCCGCACCUCUUCUUCUGAUAAGAACAUCACUUUUUUAGCUUUGCAACGGGAGAGUAACUCAGUAGAUGUUAGAAAACGGAGAACUGCAUUUCCUCCACAUUUUGUACACUCUCUUGACGGGUUCACACAUGAUAAUGAUAGCUCUUGCCUGCAGGGACACUGGCCUACGUUUUGCAGAAGAUAUUGGAACCUACACCCUGCUGAAGUGCUCUGUACUUAGAGGAUUAGAGGGCAUAGAUUCAUCAAAACAAGGGGUGCAUGAUUCCUUCUGGACUCAUGCAUGUGAUGUGGACCAAAUGAACGAGAUACUUCGGGAAAAAUUUGUGGAGCUUUAUAGCAUGCUGAUAAAAUCUCUGCCUCUUCCACGUUGCUUGAAAGUUUCCAAGCAUCAUAUCCAGCAUUGAUUUUUCCUCCACUCCCAGAAAGAGGCGACUUUGACUUGCAACAGGUUCUGGAAUCUCCAUACUUUUUCAACUGAAUUUCCAGUCAUGAGCAGCGAUGAUAACAAUAUGCAGAAAGCUUUGUCACUUGUAUCAUAUGCACCCCCAAAUUGACCAAGAAGCUUUGUUAAGAGUUCAUUUGGAUAGGGGCAGCAAGUUGAACUGGGAAACAGAAGCCUAAAAGGUUCCUUUUGUGAAAAGUGAAAGGACAAAUUUUGAUUCCCAUGGUCAGCAAGUCUCUGAUUCUGAUAGGGUGGUGAUCAUCUUCAGUGUUAAUGAUCUGGCUCUAGUUAGAA